AUGGACUUUGCAAAUCUAAUGUCUGCGCAUAUCAAAAAGGGCAAAGAAACAGCCGCCCCAGCCGAAUCCAGCGAUAAAAAGUACCUUAAACGCAGUGAACUCGAGGCGCAACGGCAAGCGGCGUACCUAGCUGAGCAGGAAGCCGCAGAAAAGGCGCGGCUGGAGCGGCUGGAGAAGAAGCGCAAAGCCGAAGAAGAUGAGGCGGAGAAGGAGGCUCAGCGGCGAGAGAAGCGCAUGCGCAUGGCUGAAGAAGCACGGCGGAUUAGAGAAGAGGAGGAAGAGGCAGAGGAGCGGCGGCGGAGGAAGCGCCUAGGCUUACCCGAUCUGCCGCCAAAGAAGGAGGGAGAAGGAGAUGGCACGCCUGUGCCCGGGGACGAAGACAUUGAGGAUGAAGAGCUGGUGGCAAAGCUGAGGGCUCUCGACGAGCCGGCGCGGCUCUUUGGCGAGACACACAAGCAGCGGCUGAAGCGAUACAAGAAGCGCGUCGGCGCAGACAGCCUAGCAGCAAUCAUGACGGAUGGCCCGAUCCCGACAACGCUGCAGCUGGUGCCAGAGAAGGACAUGAAGGUCAAUCGGCAGGCACCAAAGGACAAGGAAGGCAGAGAGUUUCUCUUCAGGCAGCUGGCCAGCUACUUCACAAUGGUGCUCAAAGAGUGGGAAACAACGCUGGCACGUCGAGACGCCGAGGUCAAGGAGAGCUACCAGGGAAAGCAAGCCUAUGCGGCCAUGGUGCAGGCGCGCGAGAACAUGCGUCCGCUAUUCAAGAAGCUGGAAAAGUCUGAUCUCCCAGACAGUAUCAUCGAACCCGUGGUUGAAAUUGUACAUGCGGCGCAGGAGAGGCGAUAUGUGGAUGCCAACGACGGCUAUCUGCGCCUGAGUAUCGGCAAGGCAGCGUGGCCCAUUGGUGUCACCAUGGAAUCCUACUUCACUUAUCCACCAGAGGAGGAGUCGCCUGUCAACCAUGACAUUCUUUUCCGGCCCGGCCUGGCGCCAGACGGCUCAGACACCUUUACUCCAAGGACCCUCAUAUACGAUCUCAAAGGCGCCUUUGGGAGCAUGAGGAAAAUCAAUGCAUUGUACGAGGCCGAAGACGAUAGAAGCAUCUUGGAUCAACCAGGCGUCUGGCCUUCUAAGCCCAUCAUUCAACGCGCAGCUGAGACCAUUCCGCAAUCAGCUUACCAGGAGCAUCUCGAUGCUGGUCUCGAGCCACCGCCACUCAGUACGUCCUCGGUUCGGUACUGGUCCGAUUACAGCCGUGUUUACUAUCACCCCAAGUCCAUUGUGCAGUUGUCCGAGUUUGAUGUCAACGACAAGCUCAUGCCGUUUGAGAACUGGGAUGUAGGUAUGGAGCUUUUUGAAAAGCUUGAACGAGAAGUGGAUUUGGUUGACCGCGAUCUUCGUCCUUUUGUGGAAGAAUGCGACGGCAUACAGGGGCUGCAGAUUUUCACUGGCGUCGACGGGGCGUGGGGUGGCUGGGCCUCGGAGUGGCUCGAAAGACUGCGAGAUGAGUACGGAAAGAUGAGCAUCUGGACCUGGGGUCUUGGUGAUCAUGGUGCUAAUACCACCGUACCAAGGGAAAAACGACUACAGCAGAUUGGAAACUCGGCUCGGUCAUUACAGGUACUCGGCGAGCAGUCUUCAGUCUACGUGCCAAUGUCAAAUACCCCUGCUAAACUACCAAGCUACCUGAAACUAGAUGCGACAUCGCCGUGGCACAUGGCGGCUUUGCAGGUUGUGGGGCUGGAAAGCAUGACUAUUUCGUCGCGCUUGAGAUCCACCUUGGGCGGCCGAGGUACACUUCAAGAUCUAGAAGAUACCAUCAACAGUACUGGGAAACGGCGGAUCGCCAAGUUGGAGAUGAGCAUUGCAGAUCCCGAUGUUCUCUUCGAGAAAGCACUGGAUAAAGCCGAAUCCAUUGCGAAAGUUGGAUCGACAAGAUCAAGACAUACGAGUGAGGGCGAAGACGAAUUAACGGAUUUCGACAUCGAUCUCUUUACGCGUGACUACCGGUCCGCCGCGGCUCGCACGAAGAAAGAGCAUAUCUUUGGGAGGGCCGAGGCUUCUCGCGGCGAGUGGACCUUAUCCGAAAAUAGCGAACGAGAUCCUCAUGACAGAUUUGACAAUGGGCCCGUAGUCCAAAGAUACACGGCACCUCUCCUCUUCCCCGUACUCGACAGCUUCCCCAAGGCCAUAUUCGACGUGGGAUCCGGACAUGCCCAAAAACUUGCUGUCCACGCUGGCCUCACAACAAGUACAGCUGUGGCAGCGCAAAUACGCACGAUCGAGCCAAUCGUCAAGCGAAUGGUUGCAAUCGAGGAAAGAGAGGUCCUGGCUAACAGCCUUCAUGGCCUUGCGGAGGAGUACGACCAAGGCUGGGAUAGUGCUUCUGACAGCGACGAUGACUACUAA